CUUUCAUUUUUUCUUCUCUUCUUCGACGCCCUAGAGGUAGUCUUGAUAUUCCGUUCUUUAUACAUAAUUAUAACUUCAUUACAGUCCUUUGAAAGGCUUUUCUUAUUCAUUCUUUUUUGCUUCUGGAAAGCCAACUCAUCAAAAUGCAGUUCAAGCAAGCUUGUAUGGCCUUGAUGGGUCUGUCGUCGCUCGUUGCCUCAGCACCGACCGAUAAGGCACUCUCAGCACCCGAAAGGGGUCUGAAGUGGAGGUCACGACGUGCUCCUCUCACUAUCCAACAGAUAGUUCAAGAGACGAACAUCAUCGUUGUGGAGGAUAACAAGGCGCAAUUGGACGCUCUGCAGAGACUAGCUGAGCAGCAAUUUGCUCAGCUUGUACAAGCGGAGGUUGCUCUCAUCACCCAGCUAGAGGAGGUCAAGAACAACAUUCGGGUGAACCACUUCAAGGCCCGCUUCGCACAGGUGAACACCGUAAUUGUUACCGUAUCAACCCUCAUCGACGCACGAGCCGAAAAGGGUAACCAGAAACGAUACAUGGUCAACCAACUCGUCGCCGACAACGGCAAGCCCGACAACCAAGUCAUGGUCAUGGUCUCCGACGCAGCAACCAUGACCAUCGGCGCCUCGCAAACCGUUGACCUCGCCGGUGUCGAAGCCGCCAGCGCCGUAACAAAGCCAACAGCCGCACCCGCCAUCGAGGGCCAAGACCCCGCCGCGCCGUUCGGCAAAGUGAACCAGAGCAUGAUCCUACCUAUCGGCGCGCAGGCGCCUGCUAUCGACCUCGUAUUCGUUGAUCCUGCUGCGAUCAUCCUGCCUAACCAGAAGAACUUGUUCGUCGAGAGCACUGAUUCGUUCUUGCAAGAUUGCGGUUUCUAUCAGUCUAAUGGAAACGCUUUCGCCAAUUUGGUUUCGCAGUCGUUCACGUCGUUUGAACAGAUUACUGUUGCCAAUGGACAGGUUAACAUCGUGAAGCAGAAGCAAGAGACGAAUGUUGUCGCUGCGCCUGUCCCAGCACCAGCACCUGCACCGGCGCCAGCUGCCGCUCCGGCCGCAGCACCUGCUCAACCUGCUCAACCAGCUGCUCCAAAAGCACCGGGUGCAUAGGAAACCCGCGCGAAUAAAUAAUAUCGGUAGUUGUAGUCAUAUUAUGUCGAGCGAGCCAGUCUCGCGGGGACACUCGCUUGUUGUUCCUUGUAUUUAAGAAAGUAGAUACCCACAGCGGACGUUCAUGUAUAUUGUUUUGUUCAAAAAUAUCAAAGCUAUCUCGGC